AUGAAUCCUAUGACCAAUGUGAAGAAUGUUUUAAAGUUAAGUGAACGUGAAUUAAGCGGGAAUUCUAAAAGUUCUUGGCAUGACCAAUACAAAGAUAGUGCUUGGAUUUUUGUUGGUGGUCUUCCUUACGAUUUAACUGAGGGGGAUGUUAUAUGUGUUUUUUCUCAAUAUGGAGAGAUUGUUAACAUAAAUUUAGUAAGAGAUAAAGACACUGGUAGAUCAAGAGGUUUUGCAUUCAUAUGCUAUGAAGACCAAAGGUCGACAAUCCUUGCUGUUGACAAUUUAAAUAGUAUAAAGAUUUUAGGAAGAACAAUCAGAGUUGAUCAUUGCGAGCAGUAUCGAGCACCAAAUGCUGAUAUGAGUAAAAUUGAUGAAGUAACAGCUGCUAUAAGAACAGAAGGGUGUGCCCCAGCUCAACUCCCACAGCCUGUACCUGUACCUCAAGUACCUAUAAAAACGGAAAAAGAGCAUAAAGAAAAGAAAAAGAAACGCAAAGAAAAAAAGAGUAAGAAGAAAAAGAAGAAAAGAAGUAAAUCAGAUUCUGAUUCUAGUGAUAGUGAUUAA